AUGAUUCCAGCCCACGAAGUUGGUGCUCGACCGUCAGGUUAUCACCUGCCGGUGCUGCUACUGCCACUAUUGGAGUUCACGUGGGCCCUCAGUAGCGACACCCAUGAAUUCGACCCUUCGGCCCAGCAGCACAUCUCGGAUGGACCGCACCAAAAACAACUCCAGGAAGCCUUUGCAUGCGUUCUUGGCUCGAAUGUUCCCAACCAUCCUGUCUUUCCAGACCUUGGAUACUGGCGGAGCGAACUUGUUGCGCGGGACCUGCAGAACAUCGUCACCUCCUCGAGUGAAGAUUCCGACGGCAGCUCCGAUCUACACACGCCACGAUCCAAGAAAGCCAUGACGCGUUCAGAGAAAGAUGCAAAAAGACCUUGGGACAAGUUCAAGAGAGAAAGGGAAUUUGGCGAAGAGUUCGGCCAUGCCAAGAAGAUGAAGCUCAAGGCUCACACUGGGAAACAUGCGCAUCACUGGUUUCCUGACGAGGACGACAACGAUGCUCAACCGCCGGCGGGUUACUUUGAGAGAUUGAAGAAAGAGAAGCAGAAACUCGACAAGGCGCGAGAGGAUCCCUUCCUGAGUAUGUCGGAGGACGAAGACAGUGCGGGCGACGGCGACACCGAUGGCAAUGUCACAAGUGACUCUUCCAGUGAGGAUAGCGAAGAAGAUCCUGAGCCGAAUCGCGCUCCUUGCGUACGUCGUCCAGCAGCAAAAAGAGCCUCCGUGUGCAGCACCGCCACGACUUCUUCCGAGGAUGUGGUCCAUGCUCGGUCUGCCUCCAGCAAUCGACCUACAGACUCCAAGUCUUCCAGCACCAAGCCGGAUCAAGCUGGAACUGGAAAUCAGCUCGCAAUCAUCCAGCUCUGUAAAGCCUUCGACGCGGCCAGAGCCAAGUCUCACUGGGUUCAAGCCGAAAGGGCCACCAGUCAACUCAUGGCUCUCGCCCCCUGGCCUGACGACUCCAUCAUCCUUGUCGCUAAGGUCGCUUUCCGAGUUGAGCCUGACCCAGAUCUCGAGGGUGGCUUCGGGUACAGCCUCAGAGAGGCAGUGGCUGAACAUGUGAGCUGGAAUUACGAGCGGCUGAGGGAGACGAAGAACUCGCUGGUGGCCAUGCUCCUGCGAGACCACGAGGAUCUCGCGGAGAUGGUCUAUGAACGGAGACUGAAGGCGCUUCGGGAGAAGAGAAUCGAGGUUAUCGAGAUCAUCGACGACAGCAGCUAG